AUGAUCCUCCGCAUCCGCAGCCGCGACGGCACGGACCGCAUCACGGUCCCAGACUCUGCCUCCGCCACCGUCGCCGACCUGCAGCGCCUCAUCGAGUCGCAUCUCACCGUGCCCGUCCCGCUCCAGCGCCUCUCCCUCGACCCGGCCCUCCUGCUCCCUAAUCCUUCCGCCGCUGUUCCACUCCUCGCCAACCCGGCGACGCCGCUUGCCUCGCUCCGCCUCGCCAACGGCGCCUUCGUCUACCUCGCAUACCCGCCCGACGCGCGCUCCGCCCGCCCGACGCCGCCCAAGGCGCUUUCCGCCGCCGGCUCCUUCGGCAAGAAGAUGACCAUGGACGACCUCAUCGCGCGCCAGAUCCGCAUCACACGCCAGGAGAACGCGCUCUGCGCUGCCGCCUCCUUUGACCGCGAUGCCGCCAACGCGUUCCAGCUCUACGUCGCCGAGUCCCUCGCGUUCGCCGUCAAGCGGGCGGGCUUCCUCUACGGCCGCGUCGACGCAGAGACCAAGGAGGUCUUCGUCGACUUCAUCUAUGAGCCGCCGCAGCAGGGCUCCGAGGACGUGGUCCACCUCAUGAGGGAUCCCGAAGAGGAGGCUCGCGUCGAUACCAUCGCCGAGGGGCUCGGGAUGCGCCGGGUCGGCCUCGUGUUCACGCAGGCCGUCGGGAGGAAGGCCAGCGAGACUGGCGAGUACACCAUGUCCAACCGGGAGGUUGUGCAGGCGGCCCAGCUGCAGGCUGAGGGCGGGAUCCCGGAGUGGGUCACCGCCAUAGUCAAAUUGGAGGUGGGGGGUGACGGCACUGGGGAUGUGCACUUCGAGGCCUUCCAGAUGAGCGAGAUUUGUGUCAAGCUCUUCAAGGAUGGGGUACUGGAAACUGAGGUUCAGGAUGCUGAUGAUCCCCGUCUGUCAAAUAUGCGGAAGGAGGUGGUGGCUGGGGGGAAGGAUACUAUGGAGGUGGAUAAUGACUUCUUCCUCGUGCCCGUCAAGAUCUCUGAUCACCAGGGUCCACUCUCAGUAGGCUUUCCUAUAGAGAACCGUGGAAGUCCUGUCAGCAUGAGUGCGCUGAGAACUCACCUGGAGCGGAUGAAGCAUUUAACAUUUGUGAGGAGGAUCUCGGACUUCCAUUUGCUUCUUAAGCUUGCUAGUUUCCUAGAUGUAAAGGCAGACAUGGCUACUAUAGCUGCAUGUGUAAAAACUCAGAGCAGGGUGCCCGAGGGGUACCAGUUUCUGAUCGAGUCCUUUGCAAGUCAGGGAUAA